AUAAGCCUUCGCUGGGGGUUUUAGUUUUCAAUUUUUGAUCGAAAUUAUUAUUAAUUUUUUCACUCAUUUGAUUACACCCUAUGUGUUGUGUCUACUGAUCUCCCUUCAUCUGCUUUGCUUCAAAGACUGAAACUGUUCAACAAUUUUCACAAAGAACCCAUCAAUUUGAUGAACAUAUAUAAGCUAACAUAAUGUCUUACGUUUUCAAAACACAAAAAGUAAACUUAGAUCAACUCUUACAAGGCCACAUUUCACGUGGCCAUCUUGUCCAAAUCCAUGCCAAAGUCUUCCAAUUUCAUGCUCAUCAAGACAACUUAAUUGCAACUCGGUUAAUUGGCCACUACCCCCCUCAAAUUUCUCUUAACAUUUUCAACCAAUUACACAACCCAAAUUUAUUUCCUUACAAUGCAAUCAUCAGAGUUUUUGCCGAUCAGGGUCAUUUUCAUCAGUGUUUUUUUCUCUUCAAAAAUCUAAGAAGCAAGCUUCUUUGUCCGAAUGGCUUGACUUUUUCUUUUAUGCUAAAAUCUUGUUUUGGUUCCAAGAAUCCAUCUUUAGUGAAACAAAUACAUACCCUAAUCUUGAAAUGUGGUUUAAUUAAUGACCCAUUUGUUUGUAACGGUCUUGUGGCUGUUUAUGCCAAGGGUUUGAGAGAUUUGGUUUCUGCACGUUUGAUGUUCGAUGAAAUGCCUGAGAGAAGUUCGGUUUGUUGGACUUCUUUAAUUUCUGGGUUUGCUCAGUCUGGUUAUUCUGAGGAGGUUUUGAGGCUGUUUUGUUUGAUGAUUAAGGAGAAUAUCCUGCCUGAGAAUGAUACAAUGGUUAGUGUUCUUUCGGCAUGUUCGAAUCUUGAGGUUCACCACGUUGAAAAAUGGGUGAGUGUUUUGUUAGAGCUUAAUGAUGGUUGUGAUGCAGUGAAGAGUACUCUUGUCUAUUUGUAUGGGAAAUGGGGGAGAAUUGAGAAUUGUAGAGAGUGCUUUGAUGGUAUUAGUGUUAAUGGGAAGAGAAGUGUGCUUCCUUGGAACUCUAUGAUUAAUGCAUAUGUGCAGAAUGGUUUCCCUUCGGAGGGUUUAAGUAUUUUUCGGUUGAUGAUCGAGGAUUCCACUCGUAAGCCGAAUCAUGUAACAAUGGUCAGUGUGCUUUCAGCCUGUGCUCAAAUUGGUGAUUUGGAGCUUGGUAGGUGGGUUCAUGAGUAUCUUGAAUUUAAAGGAUGUAGAGGUGUUGUGGAAUCGAACACGUUCCUGGCCACCGCGUUCAUUGAUAUGUACUCAAAGUGCGGGAAUUUGGACAAUGCAAAGGCGAUAUUCGGACGGAUGGCGUGCAAAGAUGUUGUCUCGUUCAAUGCCAUGAUAAUGGGUCUCGCCGUGAACGGGGAAGGGUGCGAGGCCGUCAAGCUUUUCUCGGAUAUGCAAGCGUUAGGUUUACAUCCUAAUGGCGGUACAUUCCUUGGAGUUCUAUGCGCUUGCAGCCACUCGGGGUUAUCAGACAAAGGAAGGCAGAUAUUCCGAGACAUGAGCUUGAUCUUUUUUGUCCGUCCAGAAUUGGAACACUACGCUUGCUAUAUUGAUCUUCUCGCUCGAGAGGGCCAUUUGGAAGAAGCAAUCAAAGUUUCUGCCUCCAUGCCGUUCAAACCAAAUAAUUUCGUGUGGGGCGCAUUGCUCGGAGGUUGCUUGCUCCACUCUAAAAUAGAAUUGGCUAAAAAUAUUUAUAAAAAGCUUGUUGAAGUAGAUCCAACAAAUUCCGCUAGCUACGUGAUGUUAGCUAAUGUAUUUGCCGUGGAUCAUCGAUGGGGUGAUGUAUCGGCAUUACGGUGGUUUAUGAGGGAGAAAGGUGUCAAGAAACAACCGGGUUGUAGUUGGAUCAGCAUUGAUGGAGCUGUGCAUGAAUUUCUAGCAGUUUCUCCAUCGCAUCCGCAAAUUGAGAGGCUAUAUCAUACUUUGCGUGGUUUGAUGAAGGAGAUGAAGAUAGCAAGUUCUUAGGAUAUGCCAAAGUGAUUUAUACUCAUUUAUGAAUGCCUUGAGCACCGCAGUGGAUUGCUUCAGGGUAGUCUUAUGCAUGAUUUCUUUAAGAAAAUUGGAUCCUUUGAUCGCAAGGGAAGUGUGAUAAAUGACCAAAUAAGCAAGCUGACAUGGUGCUGAUGCGGCUCCAUGUUGGACAUGACUGCCGAUAUGGUGCCAUGUGGACAUGACCGCCGAUGUGGUGCUGAUAUGGCGCCGUGUGACAUGACAUUAUGUGAAUAAAAGUAGUUUUGGUAUACCUGUAAGUGUCCGACCCAUCACCAUGUUUGACAAAAUAAAAUAAAGUCAAACUAACAAUGUAGAUUUUUAGUGCAAUAAAAUUAGAGCAGAGUAAUUUUAUUGUUA